AUGGACAAUAAUGGCGGUUUGGAGCAGGUUCUGCAAGACGGAAAUAUCUUCAGGCAGCUCAAUGCCCUCAUCGUCGCUCAUCUACCCACCAUGACACCAUUGAAUGUUGAAGCUCCUCCGAAUCGUCUUCUGGAGCUUGUUGCAAAGGGUCUUGCAGCGGAGAACAACGGAACAUUGAGAGGUGUUUCUUCAUCAGUCUUGUUACCCACUUCUUAUGGAUCAAUCGCUACUUCUCGAACACCUUCUAUUGACUUUAGUGUUACUCAUUUGAAGGGAGCAUCAAAGACUCUCCCAAAGCAUGAAUCGAAGCAGCUAUCGGAGCACAAGAGCGUUGUUAGGUGUGCAAGAUUUAGUCCCGAUGGAAUGUUUUUCGCAACUGGCGGUGCAGACACGUCAAUUAAGCUCUUUGAGGUGCCAAAAGUAAAGCAGAUGCUUUCAGGAGAUAGUCAAGCUCGACCAUUAAUACGGACUUUUUAUGAUCAUGCUGAACCAAUAAACGAUAUGGAUUUCCACCCUCGGAGCACAAUCCUAAUAUCUAGCGCCAAAGAUUGCUGUAUAAAGUUCUUCGACUUCUCUAAAACCACAGCUAAACGAGCAUUCAAAGUUUUUCAGGAUACUCAUAACGUGCGCUCUGUAUCUUUUCAUCCUUCAGGAGAGUUUCUUCUUGCAGGAACUGAUCAUCCGAUUCCACAUCUGUACGAUGUAAGUACAUAUCAGUGCUUUCUCCCUUCAAAUUUCCCUGACAAUGGAGUAAAUGGAGCCAUUAAUCAGGUGCGGUAUUCUUCUACGGGAUCUGUGUACGUUACAGCCUCAAAGGAUGGAGCUAUUCGACUCUUUGAUGGGGUUAGCGCAAAGUGUGUACGCUCCAUUAGCGGUGCACACGGAAAAUCAGAGGUCACAAGUGCAGUGUUUACUAGAGAUCAAAGGUUUGUUCUCUCGUCCGGUAAGGAUUCUACAGUUAAGUUAUGGGAAGUAGCUUCGGGUCGAAUGGUAAAGGAAUACCUCGGGGCAAAGCGGGUAAAACUGCGGUCUCAGGCAAUCUUUAAUGACACUGAAGAGUUUGUAAUCUCCAUUGAUGAAGCAAACAACGAGGUCGUUACAUGGGAUGCGAGAACCGCAGAGAAGGUGGCAAAGUGGCCUUCGAGCCAUAGUGGUGCAACCCGCUGGAUCGAGCACUCCCCGGUUGAAUCAGUCUUUGUUACUUGUGGAACAGACAGAUCAGUUCGGUUCUGGAAGGAAUCCGUUUAG